AUGAGAAUUGCGGGGUUAGGAAAGACUUCCGAACAAUGGCGCCAUAAAAUUCGAGAGGAAAAAGCUAAUACCGACCGGUGGGAAAGGAAAUUCCGAGAAGCUCAGGCACGAAACGAAGAUUUAGAGAAGAGUCUGUCGGAGAGCAGAAAUAAGCGAGGUGAAUUAAGGGCUAGAGUGGUAGAACUCAAUAAGUCUCUGCAUCAGUACCGAAACCACAAUACCGCAAUGGAAUUGAGGGCAAGCUUGAGCAAGAUAGAAGAAAUGAAAGGAAAAAUAGAAGAGUUAGAGGCGUCACUGCAAAAUUGUGAUAUGCGGAUCCAGUUUUUCGAGGCAAACGAGGAUCGUUGGAAAGAGCAGCUUCACCAUGCGCAAGACCAAAAAGACAUGCAAGAACAAAUGCAGCCUCAGAUGCAAGAGCAGCUAGCCAAGAUUCAACGAGAAAUGAAAGAGCAAAUGAUGGAGUCCUAG